AUGGAGGGCUCCUGGCGCCGUGGGAUCGUUGGCGCCCUGGCAGUGACGGGUGCUGCGUUGUCGAAGCUUCGUCCGGCCAAAGCCGGCCAGUAUCCAGUCCAAGGCAGCGAUGACAUCAUGGCUCCGAAGAGUCACGGCUCGACGGAUCGACCCGUGCAGGAGGGCCUUCGAUGGAACGUGGACUGGAACACCGCAGACAGGAUCUGCAGCUUCAACCGGCACUUCGCGGAGUACGCAGGCUACUGGCGCUCGACUGCUUUCCUCACUGAGGCCAAUCGCGAGGGCGAGACGUUCUACGACUCCGUGACGGGGAAGCCGCUCUUCGAAGCCCCGAAGGGAAGGACCUGGGAGCAGUUUGAGAAGGAGUCCAAGUCCCACGGUUGGCCUUCUUUCCGCGACGAGGAGGUCAAUUGGGAGAACGUUCGCUGCCUGCCCGGUGGCGAGUGCGUUUCAGUGGAUGGGACCCAUCUUGGCCACAACAUUCCAGACUCGAAUGGCAACCGCUACUGCAUCAACUUGGUCUCUGUGGCCGGCAAGCCGAGGCUUAUUGGCUGA